AAAUGAGCCGCUACAAUGCGCCCAUUUUACAGAUGCGGAAACCGAGGCCCCCAGCUCAUCAGAGGAGUCGAUGCAGCCUACUCCUUUGACUACCAGACAGGAGUCACGCGGACCUCCAGCAACCGUCUCCGGAAGCUUGGCGACCCCACUGGCCCAGCCUUGAAAAGAUCUUUUGAGGUCGAGGAGGCUGAGACGCCCAACUCCACCCCGCCCCGGAGGAUCCAGACCCCGCUGCUCCGGGCCACUGUGGCCAGCUCCACCCAGAAGUUCCAGGACCUGGGCGCGAAGAACUCUGAGCCCGCAGCCCGCCAUGUAGACUCCCUCAGCCAGCGAUCCCCCAAGGCUGCCCUGCGGAGGGUCGAGCUCUCGGGCCCCAAGGCCGAGCCCGUGUCCCGGCGCACGGAGAUCUCCAUCGACAUCUCGUCCAAGCAGGUGGAGAACGCCAGCGCCGCCGGGCCGUCCCGCUUCGGCCUCAAGCGGGCCGAGGCGCUGGGCCACAAGACGCCGGAGCCCGCCCCCCGGAGGACGGAGAUCACCAUAGUCAAGCCCCAGGAGUCGGCCCACCGGAGGAUGGAGACGCCCGCCUCCAAGAUCCCCGAGGUGCCCGCAGCCCCCACUGCGGACGUAGCCCCCAAGAGGGUCGAGAUCCAGGUGCCCAAGCCGGCCGAGGUGCCCGCCUCCCCCAUCCCACCCCAGACCCUGGAGAAUUCAGAACACACCCCGAUGUCUCAGCUGCAGAGCAGGCUGGAGCCCAAGCCCCAGCCCACCGUGGCCGAGGCCCCACCCAAGAGCCAGGAGGCCCCUGAGGCAGCUCCCGGCUGCAUUGGCGACAUGGCCGACACCCCCAGAGACGCUGGGCUGAAGCAGGUGCCUGCGCCCCGGAAUGAGAAGGCCCCCGCGGACUUCGGCUAUGUGGGGAUCGACUCCAUCCUGGAGCAGAUGCGCAGGAAGGCCAUGAAGCAGGGCUUCGAGUUCAACAUCAUGGUGGUCGGGCAGAGCGGCUUGGGGAAGUCCACCUUGAUCAACACCCUCUUCAAAUCCAAAAUCAGCCGGAAGUCGGUACAGCCCACCUCGGAGGAGCGCAUCCCCAAGACCAUCGAGAUCAAGUCCAUCACGCACGAUAUUGAGGAGAAAGGCGUCCGCAUGAAGCUGACCGUCAUCGACACCCCGGGGUUCGGGGACCAUAUCAACAAUGAGAACUGCUGGCAGCCCAUCAUGAAGUUCAUCAACGACCAGUACGAGAAGUACCUGCAGGAAGAGGUCAACAUCAACCGGAAGAAGCGCAUCCCGGACACGCGCGUGCACUGCUGCCUGUACUUCAUCCCCGCCACCGGCCACUCCCUCAGGCCCCUGGACAUCGAGUUCAUGAAGCGCCUAAGCAAAGUAGUGAACAUCGUUCCCGUCAUCGCCAAGGCCGACACACUGACCCUGGAGGAGAGGGUCUACUUCAAGCAGCGGAUCACCGCGGACCUGCUGUCCAACGGCAUCGAUGUGUACCCCCAGAAGGAGUUUGAUGAGGACUCGGAGGACCGGCUGGUGAACGAGAAGUUCCGAGAGAUGAUCCCGUUCGCCGUGGUGGGCAGUGACCAUGAGUACCAAGUGAAUGGGAAGAGGAUCCUUGGAAGGAAAACCAAAUGGGGCACCAUCGAAGUUGAGAACACCACCCACUGUGAGUUUGCCUACCUUCGGGACCUCCUUAUCAGGACACACAUGCAAAACAUUAAGGACAUUACCAGCACCAUCCACUUCGAGGCCUACCGGGUGAAGCGCCUGCACGAAGGCAGCAGCGCCGUGUCCAACGGCGUCGACGAGAAGGGGCCCGAAGCCCAGGAGAUGUAACCCACCCGCCCUGCCCCCGGGACCCUGCCCCCCAGUCCUCUCCAGCACCACCCCCAGGCCUGCCCACGUGCCCCGUCUUAUUUUAUAUCAUUUCCUCCGUUCGUCAUCGUCCUCCGCCCCCUGACACGCUGCCGAGUAACGACACGCCGUGUGCCCUCCUGAGUACGCGCGUUAUUAGCCGCUGACUCCGGGGCCUGGACCGGCCUGGGCUUCGGAGAGGCCGCGCCCCUCUGGCUGUCCCCGAGGUCUGGGGGGGCAGGAGGGGCCCCCCAUUCAGCGUCAGUCCCCAUUCCGGGGCGCAGCUCCCUCCACAGCCUCUGAUCGGGUCAGGGUGGUGCAGGGGGGGGAGACACGGAGCCCCCUCCCGCCCCCUCCCUGCGCGGCCCCAGGCCCUAAGGGCCCUAACUCAGACCCGGAUCUCAGAGAGCCCCCGCCCUUGCCCCACCCAUGGGGAGAAGAGUUGAUUCCAUGAGAUGCAAGUUGCCGAUUGCUUAGACCCAGCGAGGCCCACUGGCUGCCUGCUGCCCGCCCCUCACCCCCCCUCGAGCCCCCACGAGCCCGUCCUGGAGCAGAAAGUGCCUUUAUCUCAGCCGUCCACGAGCCAGCGUCCUAUCCCCCGCCGUCCCCUCCGCCGGAACUGGGGACAAGUCAGAUAGAGAGAGGUGUGCCUCCAUCUCUCCGUCACCCCCCUCCCCCCAGGAUUUGAUUGAGCCUUCAAGGGAAGGAAAAGGAUGCACCCCACUCCAGCCCACCCCCAUGAUUCUGGGGAAGGUCCAAGCAAGUGAAUCUGGUGGAGGAGAUGAGGAGGAGGUGACUGUGCCGGAAGGAAGGAGGGGCCUGUGGGCCGAGCCUGGGCCUGUCAGAGUGGCCCUAGUGGCCCCGGUGUCUGCCCUGCACCGCCCCACGGAACUGGGAACUGGGAGAGAGCGUGUGUGUCCGUCUGUCUGUUUAGACACCUCUUUGGCCCAAGAUGCUCUGGUUAAAUUAUGCCCGGGCGGCCACCCCAGGUACACAUUCAGCCCUCCCGGGCCAGGCCUUGCUGACACCAUGACCCCAGGAGCUUUUCAUGGCCCUAAAUGUGCCUGGGCUCCUGCACCCCAGAGCCCAUCGUAAAGACCCCCCCACCCCCCAGAGAAGGAGAGGUCAGGAGUCAGGUGCACAUGGCCCGUCGUCAGGCUGCAGACGGGGUUUUCCAAGUAGGGCUGUGCCGGUCGCUCCUGGUCCUGCUCCUUCACCCUCUGUCUCCCCCGGAGACCAGCAGGGACCCUCUCACAGCAGAGGGCAGGUGAGAUGAGACCCAGGUGAGGUGCAUGUCUGUCUGCACCCCCCAGGCCGGCUCACUGCAGCCCGUGAGAACAGCAGUGGAGGAAGGGGGUGCAGAGAGGCCUGUGCAGAGGUGUGUGUGUUUGCACGCCUACGAUGUGUGUGCAUCACGUGUCACUCCCCACCCAAGACAGGAAGGACCCCUCAGUGAAACCGUUGACUUGCCGACUUGCCGUGUUUUUGCCAAAACCAAGAUUGCGAAGGACACCUCCACCUCCAGCAGCGGGGCGCAGGGCGAGCGGUGGCCUCCCCGGCCGGGUGGACUCGCUUUCCUUCUCUGUAGCCAGACCUUGAAAAAAUUGUGACUUUCACUGGGAUCUGUUCCGCAGUGGCCUUUUGCUAUGUGCCUCCUGAGAAAUUCGUCUUUUUGUAUAAAUAACAAAGUUGAAAAUGUAUUUCCUGAAAUAAAUGUCCGAAAGCAAACCUGGAAGGGGGGAUGUGUUCCUCUUCCUGGCCCCGGAGGCGCGGCCUUCCUUCCAGAGGAAGCCGGCACCGGGGUGCUUGCUGGGUGUGGGGGGCUGUUUAAUGGUGGCGGGGACGCCGGUUUCGGGGAAUCCAGAAGCACUCGUUUCUCUGGAAAGCCAAGGGCAGAGCUUUCCUAAUUUAUUCACUGAAGGAGGCUUGGGAGGGUUUCCCACGGGGAGGCGCUGCCAGCUGCUUCUGUUCCUAUAUUGUUGGAAAUAAAGUUUUUCUUCUUAAAAUCC